AUGCAACAGCGAAGGCAGGAGCAGCGACAGUCUUCAUCUGCCAGUGACAAUAAAAGCUACAAAUUACGCCGACUGGACAGCUUUCUCUCGCGGGUUACCAAGCCAGGAUACUUCCGUUCGGCGAGCCCGAAGAAAUUAACUGAAGACCUCGACCAAGCAUGCCUCGACGAGCAGGCACGUCUAAUCAAGCAGCGAAUCGCCGAAUUUGAACACAAAAGAAAGGACUUGGCAGUGUUGGAGGUUAUCGAGUCCACGAUGAAGGAACAGUCAGUGCCGAUAUGGGAAAGAUUUGGAUUUUGGAGCCGGGCCAGAUUCGCCAUCCCAACACCGUUCAGCUGCAUCCGCACUCGCAAAAGCAAGCGUAUCCUUGAAGACUAUCAAGGCCUCGAACGAGCUGCAGCUACAUCUUCCAAUUUACCGACCGGCGCCUUGGAUAUAGGGAAAAUCGCCGCAAAAAAGCUAAUGCUGCAAAACGAGCAACGUAUCCAAUGGUCCAAGAACCUGCAGGCCAAAGUCAGAGGAGCGAUGAGUCUGCGCAGGAAGCUUCACGCACCUGUGUACGCGAUCUCGCAGGAACUUUGGGGAUAUAUAUUUCUGUUCUGCCUCUCAAAUCAAGGUCGAGGGGACAAGAAAGCAGGAGAUGAAUACGUCGAGCCCGACCGCAACUCUGCUCCACUCCUCUUUUGCAGCGUCUGCCACACUUGGCGCAUCGCAGCGAUACGCACACACGCUCUAUGGGCAUCGUUGGUCAUCCGCUUGCAUGGCCAGUCCGAGACACGCAGGGUCUUCAUCCAGACAUGGAUCAGACGUGCUGGCAACCUACCGCUGGCCUUGCAUAUAAUCUGGGAACCGACAGGCUCACUAGAAUGUUAUGACACCAUUUUGGAGGAUCUUUCCGAGCAGGGCCAGAAAUUUAUUGGAGGGCAGGAUGACGAGGCUCGAGAGGUUGACGGUGGAUACAUACGUGUCCUUCGCCGGAGACGUCAAAACAAUACAGAAGAAGGCGCCCAAGCUCAGAGUGCUGGUGUUAGGGAAUUCCGACGUCGACCCGAUGGAUAUCGUUCUGGCGCCAUGGUCAAAGCACAUGCAGUUUUCAAGUAUUGCCCCAACUUGGAAGAGUGCGAAAUCGCGGUUAUGGCCUGUCCUGUCCUUGAUAGACCACGGGCAAUGCUCCGGAUGCCAUACCUGAAGAAAUUGACAAUUAAUGAGACGACCAUGGACGUCCUGAAUACCUUAUUUCUAUUUCUGCAGCUGCCUGAACUGGAGGAGCUCAAUCUGAAUGCGGAAAGUUCCUGCAUCAUCGCCUGCUGGCAGGUCUUUUUGACGACCGACCCACGCGCGACAAAGUUCAACACAAAAAGCCUCAAAAACUUCAGCUCUUUCUUUGCCCAAUUCAAUGAGCAAGUCUUCAACGACAACAGCACCAAAGAAUCCGACUCCGCUCCCAGCAAAUCUCCCGCACCGUCCACGCCUGUUACCCAAACACAUUCACGUCGCCCAAGUACCCUCGGUCAAGGUGUUCCUGUAAAAGAUGGCGUCACCAUCCCACGAAACAACGUAGGCUCCGUCAAGCAAGCCUCAGCGGUGACCUUUGGAUCAAUAGAUGACGCUUCAGCGCCAAUAUCCUCGUCACCUGCUCCUGCCCCAGCUAUCAAGUCCGAGGGCGUAAAGUCCUUUGGAACUGUGCCUGCUGCAGCUACCGGCCAUGUCAAUGGUAAGGCGUCCAUAUCGUCAAGAACCUCGGUGGUUUCGGCCUCAUCGUCGACAGCCACGGCGGCCACACAGUCCAAGCCUAAAAUUGACAUCAAGAAGAUGUUCCAGAACCCUUCAUCAGCUCCAUCCUCCAACCCCCCGUCCGACUCUUCGUCGCCGUCGAUGCGCAACACCAAUCUCCCAUCUCAACAAGCAUCUUCCUCCUCGCAUCCUCCGCCUUCACAGCUAGGCUCUCAUUCGUUCACACCUUUCGUCCCCAGUGGCCAGAUGCGGCCGCAGCAACACGGUGGUCCUAAUGGCGCACCUCCUAGAUCCCCCUCUUACCCUCGACAAAUGCCGAAUGGUGUAGGCCAACGUCCGCAAGGUGGACAAACUAGUGGACCGCCUGCUGGCCUAUCAAGUCCUCGGCUUGGGCCACAUCCUCAGCCUUCCUCAAUGCAACCUCCAACUCAAAUGCAACCUCACAUGCAACCUCAAAUGCACCCUCCAAUGGGUAUGCCGUGGCCUGGUUACUACUACCCCGACCAACAACCUUAUGUCUAUGCCCCAUGGUACCCCUCUAUGCCUAUGCAACCUCCCCACCAACAACCUCCUCAUGGUGGCAUGCCCAUGUCACCGAGAAAUCCACCUGCCAACCUGCAAGCGCCGGGGACUCCGACAAUGUCGCAUGCCCUACCCAAUCCAGUACACGCCCCACAUCCGCCCCCGUCAAUGUCGCACCCCACGACGUCAAUCGGCGGUCUCACGUCACCACCACCCACACCUUCAUCCUCAUCGAUACCACCAAAUCGUCUGAACGCCGCUUCGAGUACGUUUGUUCCUCGAACAACGAAGGUUACUCUCAAGAAGGAAGACGGUACCGAGGUUAAUUUGGAGAAUUUAAAGCAAACGACACCCGCGCAGUCGACCACCACUCCUGCAACGCCAUCUGCAUAUAGACAAGGCAGUCCUGGGACGCCGAACCGGAGACCGGCUAGCAUACGGAUAGAGUCGGAAGACCAACGGAAGCAACGUCUCGCAGAGGAGGAGGCUAAGGAGAAGGAGAAGGCGAGAUCUAAGGCUGAGGCUGAGGAAAAGGUCAGAAAGGAGAAGGAAGAGGCUGAGCGCAAGGUCAAGGAGGCCGAAGAGAGGAAGCGAAGGGAAGAGGAAGCCGAGAAGGAGCGUAUUCGAAAGGAGGAAGAGGAGAAGAAGGAGAAGGAGCGUCUGAAGAAGGAGGAAGAGGAACGGUUACGCAAAGAGGCUGAAGAACGGGAGGCCAAGCGCAUUAGGGAGCAGGAGGAGCGCAAACGGAGGGAGGAGGAAGAGGCGGAAGCCAAGCGCAUUGCAGAGGAGAAGGCGAAGAAGGACGAGGAGGAGCGGUUGAGGCAGGAGAAGGAGAAGGCGCGGUUGGAGCAAGAGCGGCUAGCCAAAGAGGCUGAAGAGCAGAAACUACGCCUCGAACAAGAAGAGGCAGCGAAGAAGGCUCAAGCUGCUGCUGAAGCCUCAGCCACCGACGGCAAGACAAUGACGGAACCAGAGGAAGGCGAGCUCGUGGAAAGCAAGGAUGCCGCACAGCCCGCGGUUUCAGAUGCGAAGGAGAAGGCCAAGGAGGCUCUUCGUAUAAACACCAGUGCGGUUUCGCCGACGGUCGACAGAAGACGCCCUGGCCCUCUUGACCUCACUGACGCAAAGAGGAGCAACGUCGCCGCACCACCUCAGAGUGCUCUUGCUACUGCCCGUAUUAUUUCUGACAUCAACGCCGUUGCAUAUCCUGAGGGUGUCAGUAGCCCUCGUCCUGAACUCAAUGAGAAUGCAAAAGAGGGUAAAUUCCGGUAUGAUCGCGAAUUCCUCCUGCAGUUCAUGUCGAUCUGCAAGGAGAAGCCUGCUAUGCUUCCUCCUCUCGACGCCAUUGGUCUUGAGCCUGUUGAUCAAUCAUCCCUCGGUCUUACUCGCACUGGCUCUGGUCGUCACCGCCAAAGUUCCGCUAUGCUUCCUCCAUCCCGGCAAGCCUCGAUCGGUCUUGGGCUCUCUCCCAGUACGUUGGGCAAGAGCGCUACCAGCUCUUUCAACGGUAUGGGUAACUUCGUCAUUGGCGCCAGCAAGCUCAGUAGCGAGGAUCGAUUCGCAGCAAGUGCCCGUGCAGCUUCUGUUAGUGGCCCUGCUGGUAUGCCGUUCAAUCGCCCGAUUGGUAUGACGAGGACUGCGAGCCAGGGCGGGGCAGGCGUGGAUCACAAGCGCACUCGUAGCAAGCGUGGAGAGAAGAGACCUACUACCGACAAGGCUCCGACUCAGCAAGGCGGCUCUGGCUUCAGCAACUAUCAGCACCAGCAGCAAGCUAACCUCGAGCCUGUCGCCCCUCUUCAAGUCUCCGCUAACCGUUGGGAUAGGAAGUCCAUUAUGGUCGAGGGAGACUCGCCUGAGAUGGUCGAUCGUAAGGUCAAGGGCCUGCUCAACAAGUUGACCAUGGAGAAAUUCGACUCGAUUUCUGAUCAGAUCAUCGCAUGGGCCAACAAGUCCGAGAAGGAAAAGGAUGGACGGACGCUCAUCCAGGUUAUCCGACUUGUUUUCGAGAAGGCUACUGACGAGGCGACCUGGUCAGAAAUGUAUGCGCGUCUAUGCAGGAAGAUGAUGGAGCAAAUCAGCCCCAAGGUGCAAGAUGACGGUAUCAAGAACAACGAGGGCAAACCCAUUGCCGGUGGCCAGCUCUUCCGCAAGUACCUUCUCAACCGGUGCCAGGAGGACUUCGAGCGUGGUUGGGUGAACAAGGAGGCUACCGCCGCCGCCGCCGCCUCGAAGGCCCUCGAAGACGAGGCCAUCAAGGCUGCGAACGACAAGACGAAGGACGACGGCAAGGAAGAGGUUGCUCUAUACUCUGACGAGUAUUAUGCCGCACAGAAGGCCAAGCGACAGGGUCUCGGUCUGAUCAAGUUCAUCGGUGAAUUGUUCAAGCUUCAGAUGCUGACGGAGCGUAUCAUGCACGAGUGUGUAAAGAAGCUGCUCGGCAAUGUGGAUAAUCCUGAGGAGGAGGAGAUCGAAUCCCUCUGCAAGCUCCUUGCGACCGUUGGCUCCCUUCUGGAUACCGCUAAGGCCCGCGCUCAUCUCGACGUCUAUUUCUCGAGGAUGAAGGAGCUCACGAAGAGCCCUAAUGUCUCUUCGCGUAUGCAGUUUAUGUUGCAGGACUUGAUUGAACUUCGUGAGCGCAAAUGGGUAACUCGAACAGCCGUCGCCGCUCCGGCAACGAUUGCGCAGAUUCAUGAAGCCGCUGCCAAAGAGAAGGUCGCUCAGGAGAAGGAGGCUUAUGCACGACAAAUCAGCAUGUCUCGUGGCGGUUCAAGACGUGGGGGAGACCGUGGUGACUAUCCUCAGGUUGGCCCUGACGGUUGGGCUGUUGCUGGCAGCUCAGCUCCUCGGCCACCACCGAAAGCGGGCGAUCUUUCCAACUUCGGGAAGAUCAGCAAGGCCGGGCCCCCUACAACAUUCGGCCCAAGCAGCGUUUUCGCUGGCAAGAAGGGCGCCGAGAAGCGAGAAUCUAUCUCGCGAACGGCAUCGAACUCGAAUAUGUUCUCGAUGCUCAGCAGCCAGAGCGCUGAGACCUCGGAGCCUAAACCCGCUGAGCCUCAAAGGAAACGCCUGAUCCUUCAACCUCGCUCGAAGCCCGUGGAACCAUCCGAGGCGGCGGAGACCGCUUCACCUGCUCGCGAGUCUGAGGGUAGCAGUUCGGACGACGAGGCCCCUGCUGCUCCUGAGAUGACUGAAGAGGCCGCGAAGAAGAAGAUCGCGGAGGACUUGAAGGAGUUCUUUGGUGUCCGGAACCUGGACGAGGCCGAAGUGUACUUCACGGACCUUCCUGCGCAACACCACCACAAGCUCGUCGACAAGCUGGUAUCAACGGCAGUCGAAUCGAAGGAAGCCGACGCUAGGCUCGUCGCUGACUUCUUCACCCGUUCUGUCGAGAGGGAGCUAUGCACCCCGCAGGCUUUCGAGGAAGGCUUUACUCCUAUCGCGGAACUCAUCGACGAUAUCGCCAUUGAUGCACCCAAGGCGUUCCAGCUAUUCGCCACUAUGCUCAAGGGUGCCAGUUUGGACGAGGCCCGACGGUCGAACAUUGCAUCCAAGUCGAUGGACAGCGAUAGACUUCUUGCCCUGCUACAGUAA